AUGAUGUACGCUUACAUUGCCUUCAUCAUUAUUUUUACAAAACUAGUCAGCAUUCAAACUGAGCCUAAUGGUGUCACUAGAACUUGGGAUGAAGCUAUUGUUCUUGCGAAAAGAUUUGCAGCCCAACUGACUUUAGAAGAAAAAUGCAAUAUGACUGAAGGUGUUGCAAGUGAUUGUACCGGAUUUGUUUCACCUGUUUCACGUCUUAAUUUUAGUGGUUUUUGUUUGCAAGGUUCACAAUCGGGUGUUGGUGACAGUGUACAAUUCUCUACAGCAUUCGUUGCUGGUAUUCAUAUUUCAGCUAGCUGGGAUCGUGAUCUCUUCUAUCGACGUGCUGUUGCCAUUGGUCAGGAAUUUCGAGGAAAAGGGAUCCAUUAUGAUUUAGGACCUAUGGUGAACAUAGAUCGAAAUGCCCUUCAUGGACGUAAUUGGGAAGGAUUUGGCUCGGAUCCAUAUCUUUCUGGCGAAAAUGCCUAUUAUUACGUUCAAGGUGUUCAAAAUCAAGGUGUUGUAGUCACUGCAAAACAUUAUAUUUGCAAUGAACAAGAAUCCAAUCGUACCUAUUAUCCGAAAACCGGACCCAGUCAAGGUUAUUCAGCGAAUCUCGAUGAUAAAACUAUGCAUGAAAUUUAUUUGUGGCCAUUUGCUGAGAGUGUUGCAGCCGGAGUUGGUUCCGUCAUGUGUUCCUACAAUCAAAUUAAUGGAACGCAAGCAUGUCAAAAUAGAGAAACUUUGAAUGAACUUUUGAAAGGAGAACUUCAAUUUCAAGGUAAUGUUAUGUCCGAUUGGGGAGCGACAAAAGUCGGAUUAGAAUCUGCGUUGAGUGGAUUGGACAUGAAUAUGCCCGGUCAAGAUGGACUUAUGGGCUAUGCUCUUCUUCUAGCUGUCAAAAAUGGAUCUAUCACAGAAGAAAGAAUAAACGAUAUGGUAAUUCGAAUUAUGACACCAUAUUUUUUGCUUGGACAAGAUCAAGAUUUUCCACCUAUCAAUUUAGAUUAUGAUGCUAUGAAAGAUCAUUACUUGCUUAAUCGACAUCUUGGUAUGGCAGGUAUGAUUCUACUUAAAAAUAUCAACAAUACUCUGCCAUUUAGUGUCAAUACAGACAAAAUCUAUUCUAUUUAUGGAUCAGCAGCAAGUCGUUAUAUUGACGGUAUUGAUAGACCGAUUAAUAUUGUGGGAUUGGAUGGUGCUUUAUAUCAGGGUGGAGGUUCAGGCUACGUCCGUCCAACAUAUGCUAUUGAUCCUCUCACUGCGCUUCUUAUACAUGCUCGAGAUUUUCAUCUACAAAUUCAAUACAUUGUCGAUCAAGAUGAUUAUGUUUCUAUAAAUCGUUCGUUGGACAAUAGAAAGUUUUCAGGAGGAAAAUGUCUUGUUUUUAUCAAUGCUUGGUCAUCAGAAGGACGUGAUCGUCAUAAUCUUUUUGCUUAUCAUGAUGGUGACAAGUUAAUUAAUACGGUAGCUGCGCGUUGUGCAUCAACAAUUGUUAUUGUCAAUAGUGUUGCACAACUUAAUCUCGAAGGUUGGAUUGAACAUCCAAAUGUUACCGGUGUUAUUUGGAGCGGUUUAUCAGGUCCAGAGUAUGGACCAGCUAUUGUUGAUGUUCUUUACGGUGAAUAUAAUCCAGGUGGUAAAUUAGUGUUCACCAUAGCUAAAAAUGAUUCGGAUUAUGGAACUAAUAUUACUAACACAUACAACUCGAAUUAUACGGAAGGUGUUUUCUUAGACUACCGCCAUUUUGAUAAAUAUAAUAUCACACCACGCUUCUAUUUCGGCUAUGGAAUUUCCUAUACGAACUUUUCUUUCUCGGAAUUGACGAUUUCAAAAGUUAAUCAACAGAACCAUAUUUCACUUUAUAGACAGCGCCGUUCAGCGUCUUAUAAUAAUAAAGAUUUAUUAGGAAUGUAUGAACCUGUUUAUACGAUUAGUUUUACUAUUUCAAAUAUCGGCAAUGUUGAUGGUUCCGAAGUACCCCAACUCUACCUCGGUUUUCCAGAAGAAGCAGCUGAACCACCAAAAAUUUUACGCGGUUUUGAACGAGUUUAUUUGGCAGCUGGCGAAUCAAAGAUAGUGACUUUGGUAUUAAGACAACGAGAUAUUUCAUAUUGGAAUAAUAUCGAUCAAAAAUGGACUGCUGCUUCUGGAGAAUAUACAGUUUGGAUUGCAACAUCAGCUAAUAAUGCUGACAUUAAACUCGAAGGCUUUUUUCAUAUUUAA